GAGGAGUGUGGGGGCUCUCAGCACAUUCCUCUUUCACUGAGUGGAAGCAACUGGGCUGAAUGGAGAACCAGUGAUCCACCUAGUGUAUGACUUCAGCUACAGGGAAGAGGGCAUCAGACUAAAUGGAAGCACAGUCCACCAGUGAACAGUCCAGACCAGGCUUUGUCCUGGCUGACUACGCUGUCUUUGCUACCAUGUUGCUGGUCUCUAUGGCCAUAGGACUCUUCCAGGCUCUGAAGAAGAAGCCAGGGAACGGCAGUGCUGACGACUUCUUCACCGGUGGUCGGAGCAUGCCAGCAGUGCCUGUUGGGCUGUCGCUCUGUGCCAGUUUCAUGUCAGCAGUCCAGGUUUUGGGUGUCCCAGCGGAGACGUAUCGUUAUGGCUUCAAAUUUCUUUACAUGUGUCUCGGACAGAGCAUCAAUUCUCUGCUGACAGCUUACCUCUUCCUCCCAGUUUUCUUUCGACUGGGCAUCACCAGCACCAAUCAGUAUCUGAAGAUGAGAUUUGGCAGAGGGAUGCAGCUGUUGGGCAGCGUCCAGUUCCUUGUAGCAACGCUACUUUACACAGGGCUUGUAAUUUAUGCACCAGCCUUGAUCCUAAACCAAGCUACUGGACUCAAUAUCUGGGCGUCUUUGUUUUCUUCUGGGAUGAUUUGCACCCUGUACACUACACUGGGUGGUAUGAAAGCUGUGAUCUGGACUGAUGUGUUCCAGAUCAUUGUUAUGCUAUCAGGCUUUGUGGCCAUUUUCAUCCACGGUACUAUUCUGGUUGGUGGUCCUGCACUGGUGCUGGAAAUUGCCAAGAAUGGAUCACGCCUUAAUUUUAAUGAGUUUGACGUUGACCCACGGCAACGUUAUACCUUCUGGAGCCUGUCUGUUGGUGGUGCACUGGUUUGGCUGUCCAUGUAUGGGGUAAACCAAGCCCAAGUCCAGCGCUACAUCUCCUGCAGAACAGAGAGAGAGGCCCAAUGGGCACUGUUUGUGAACCAAAUCGGUUUGUGCCUCAUUGUGAGCAGUGCAGUAACCUGUGGCAUUGUCAUGUUCGCUUACUACGUCAGCUGUGAUCCACUGAUAUCUGGGAGAAUUUCUGCCCCUGAUCUGUACAUGCCAUACUUUGUGCUGGACAUAUUUAAAAAACACCCUGGGUUCCCAGGUUUUUUCCUCGCCUGUCUGUAUAGCAGGACUCUGAGCACAACCUCCACAAGUAUCAACACCAUGGUUGCAGUAACGAUGGCGGAUCUGCUGCAACCUCAUCUGACCCACAUGACCCAGAGGAAGCUGAUUCUUGUUUCCAAAGGACUGUCAUUCCUAUAUGGUGUUGGCUGUGUCACCAUAGCUGUCCUGUCCUCCUUCCUGGACUGGGGAGUUCUGCAGGCAUCUUUCACUGUCAUGGGUGUGGUCAGCGGUCCACUCCUGGGUGUAUUCAUUUUGGGCAUGUUUGUACCAGCAACAAACCGGUUGGGAGCAUACUCAGGAAUAUUAGUGGGCUUCUGUGUCUCCAUGUGGCUGGCUGUCGGUUCAACUCUUUACCCACCCAGUGGGAAGACCAUGGGUGUCCUGCCCAGCUAUGCAGACCAGUGUGAACCCAGCAACAUCACUGUGAAGAGCAGCCCUAGCCUGGACCAGCACUCCAUCUCCACCCUGCUUCACCCUGAUGACCAGGGGGGCCUACAUAACCUCUACGCCAUGUCCUACCUCUAUUUCGGUGCCAUGGCGACUAGUUCAGUUGUACUAGUUGGGCUGAUAGUGAGCUAUGCAACAGGGCCAACAAAGAGGAAUCAUAUUAAAGAGGGUUUGUUGUGGUGGGACCUCAGCAAAAAGCAAGUGGAGGUCCCAUCAGUGCGCAGAUCUAAGGUCAUGAAGCUCAAGUAG